CCAGUCAUGCCACAAGCAAGUUCUUGCAGCUCCAAGACUUUAAGUGGACUUUGCCCCUGAAAGAAGCUCUCUUCCUUCAUCCACGCGUGGAUUUAUCCCAGCGAGGGAGUCCCCCCUCCCAACCCACCCCCCCCUUCCACACAAGCAUGAGUACCGAGCAGCUCUACGAGAAGAAAAUCUCCAGUAUUCUGACCGACCUUCCCGGAUCUAUGAGCUCCCACCCGAGCUCCAAGGACUCUCCGACUCUGCCUGAGUCCUCCGUGACGGACAUGGGCUACUACAGCACGGCGCAGUCGGCCCACGGCCAUCCCGAGUACUACCAGGGUCAAGCGUACGGACAGCCCAUGAACUCUUACCAUCAUCACCACCAGUUUAACCUGAACGGAAUGGGAGCCGCUGGAGUGUACGCUACCAAAUCAGAGUACCCUUACACGAACAGCUACAGACAGUACGGACAUUAUAACAGAGAUCACCUGCAGGCGUCACCUCCCAGCUCAGUUAAAGAAGAGCCAGAGCCGGAGGUCCGCAUGGUGAACGGCAAACCGAAAAAGAUCCGCAAACCCCGAACCAUCUAUUCCAGCUAUCAGCUCGCUGCUCUCCAGCGGCGCUUCCAAAAGGCGCAGUACCUGGCUCUGCCCGAGAGAGCCGAACUCGCGGCUCAACUGGGACUGACCCAAACACAGGUCAAGAUCUGGUUCCAAAACCGGCGAUCCAAAUUCAAGAAGCUGUACAAGAACGGCGAGAUGCCCCUAGACCACAGCCCCAACGCCAGCGACUCCAUGGCGUGCAACUCGCCGCCCUCCCCCGCCGCCUGGGACAGCGGCACCCCCCAAAGCGGCACCCCCCUCAGCCGAGCUCAGGUGCCGCAGCCGGCGCAUAGCUCGUCGCCGCCAUACAUGGACGAUUAUAGCAACCACUGGUACCAGCAGGGAUCCCACCUACAGCAUCCGGGCACCGUGCACCACCCCGUCCCACCACAGAGCGUGGGAGCUGUUUAUUAACACGCCAAGACUUUUUUUUUUUUUAAAUCAUCAAGGUCUACCAAAGAAUGCAUUGGAGCGGGAACAAGCCUGAAGAUGAUCCAGUCAUCCACACCAGAACAUUUUCUUGUUCCAUUCACAAAAAGGGAUUUGUGAUCACUUGUAGCGACGUAUUUAAAGGACAUCUGACGUGUUUUUUUGUUUUUUUUUAAAUAAUUUAUCACCUCUGUUAUAUUCCCCAUGUUCUCUUUUUGUAAAGAUAUGCAACGUUAUUUUUGUUAAAGUGUAACCACGCAAUGACAGAAAUAAUUUCCCUACUUUCAAUAACUCAUGCCAAGCGUCACAUUAAUUAAACUCAGGUUAUAUUUAUAAGGAUUUGUACAAAGCGUCAAAGGCUGUAAAUACGUGUUGAUAUAGAACCACUAUUUUGAUCAUAUUUGUUGGAGCGACACGAUUGUGGUUCUCCCUGUAGAAGUCAUUUUAUAUUCAUGUCGUUUGCUCACUCGUUGCCUUCUUGUCCUUUGAAUAAAAAUGUUAAUUGCA